AUGCAGCGGAAGCCAAGUUUUGUCGCGCAUGAGAAUCGCUGGCGGGAUGCGGUGCAUUCGAGUCAGAGGCUGCGCGAUGCUGGCAUGCAACCCGACGUUUUUGGAGAAACCACAAGCAUGCGCUCCUUUACUCGCAGGCUACAGUGGCAGCAUUCCCUUGCUUCGCUGGAUACCAUGAGGCUGGGCUUGAAGAUAGAUAUCGUUUGCUGCGGGACGUUCUUAGGAUGUUGCAAGAGACAGUGGAGGAACAGCUUACACAUGCUGCAGUGGGCGGGCCGGCAGCACUUGCAGCUCAACACACCGGUGUUCGGGCACGCCACAGAAGCCUGCAAGCAAGCUUCUUUGUGGCGGCGAGCGAGCUACAUACUGGAGGCAAUGAAGAGCAAAAGCAUAGUUCCAGAUUCGCAAAGCUCCACCCGAGCUAUGGCAGCUUGCGAUCAGAAAUGGCAGGUGAGCCUCACCAUGAUGAGCAACAUGGCGGUGCUUUCUUUGGAGGUCGACCAGGUCACCUGCAAUAGCGCUCUGAGUUCCUGCGCUCGAGUUGCUGCUUGGGCAACCACCGUCAGCAUGAUGCGCUUCGGCACGGACCAGGCCACCUUGUCAACAUGCCGAGGUGCAUGUGCCAAGGUGGCCAAGUGGGAGCUGCCUCUGGAACUCUUGGACGCGUCCUUGGGUUUGCGAGUGUGUCCGGAUGUCAUUGACUUUGGGGUGACGCUUUCUGCUUGUGAGAAGGCCGGGCAUUGGCAAAGGAGUCUUGAUCUUAUCGGCAGUAUCUCGAAGGAUGCCCUGCAGCCGGACAGGGCAUCCUUCCACUCAUGCAUGGGCUCCGCAUCCUGGACGGUUUCCUUGCAGGAACUGGCAGUCAUGGCCAGCGUGCUCACACCUACAGUCACCUCCUACAAUAUCGCAAUCAGCACCUGCCGUGAGCACUGGGAGCGAGGCUUUUCACUUCUGCGCACUUGGAGACAAGGCAUUGAGCCCGACGCCAUCAGCUACAAUUCGGCGAUGGCUCAGGUAGCUAACUGGCAGCUACUCAUGGCCAUGCACUGCGAGAUGCAAGAAGGCGGCGGCGCGCCGGAGGAGGCCACUUGGUUGGCGCUGGCUGGAGGCUUCCGGAAGCAACGGCGGUGGCAGAAAGCGCUGGUACUGGGGAGGCAACUGGGCCUACAGCCUGCCUCCGUGAUGUAUCAUGCGGCUGUCACAUCUAGCCCUUGGGCAGCAGCGACUGCUCUCAGUGACCGACUCUGUGUCAUUGGCUCAUCCUUUAACCUGGCGCAGCUCAGUGAAUCUGUGGGGCCUUGGCGCCGCGCGCUCGCGCGCGACAUCGCCAAGGCGGAUCAGCUGGAGGCCUUGACCUCAGAUGUUGGCGCCUGGCGCACGGCAGUGGCCCUCUUCGCGAGUUCUUUUUGGCAAAGGUUGCCGCCAGCGUCAGUCCUUCCCGCUCUGCGCGCGGCAAGCCAGGCGCCGUGGCCAGUGGCCUUGGCGAUGUGCAGCCCCUUUCUGGUCGAGCAGAAAGCCUAUGGGAUCCUGUGUGACCUCAGUAGAGAAGGAAGCAGAUGGCAAGAGGCAUGGCAGGCCUUGCAAGACUUCCACUCCAGGUCUGGCCGGGUGGAUGCCUUGCACUGCAGCAGCGUGAUGCGGGCUUGCAGCCAAUGGCCAGAGGCAGUGGCAUUAUUGAAGUCCAGUGCUGUGGUCAGUACACAGCUGGAUGGAAUCGCAUGGAAUUCGCUAUUGGCCACCAGCAGCGCUGCCACGUCUUGGUCACUUGCCACAAGCCUUGGGCUGUGCAUGGCUAGUUUUGGGCUCCAGAAGGACGUCGUCACCUGCAACACGUUGCUGGGGGCUUGUCAGCAUUGGGACAGAGCUCUAACUGUGGUGUUCCAGAUGCACGAGACCCGUGUGCCUGUGGAAGAUGUCGCGUGCUUGACGGCCAUCGAUGCUUGCGCUCAGGCGGGGCAGGUGGCUGCAGGCGAGCGCAUUUUUGAAAGAUUUGCUCCAGACAUGUCUGCUCCCGUUCGGCUUUGGUCACUGGCGCAGCUCUCAGUGCUCACAAACGUGUCGGCCUACUUCAAGGAUGCUUAUAUUUAUCUCAUGACGAAAGCCGCAAAGCCCUCUGAGCUGUCCAAGUUGUGGUGGGCGAGUUCCACCUUGGGCCUCCAGAAUGUGGCCUUUAGCCGUCGUGUAGAGCAGCUGUCCUCAUCCGCGCUCUCUAAGUUCCAACUUGAGGAAUUGCUCGCAGUGUCCAUGGGUGCUUGCACAUCUGAUGCAAGUACUGACUUCCUCCUUAGCUUGUCUGAGGAGUUGCAGUCACGCUUGCAGACUUUGAGUCCAUCUUCUGAAGCAAAAACCCGUCGUGUGCUGCAAGACAUCAUGGGGGUGCUAUGGGCAAUCAAUUUUGCAGCUGCUCUGAGCCCAAAGUUAUUGAGAUCAGCAGAGCAGGCGACCAAACGCCUCGCCACGUUCCUGGAUUCAGUCUCUCAACCAUCAACCGUGUCGAUCCCAUCGAUGGGCACUGACGGCCCGGAGCUUUGCCUGGACUUGGCGGAUCGCAUGGUGAUCACAAAGCCGCCGGGAUGGGAAGUCUAUGGGCAGUCCCAGCUCCAACUACUCUCAUUCAUCCAGGCGGUGAUCGGCGCACGACCCAUCCAUCAGAACUUGGAGGACGCUUGCGGUUUUGUCCAUCGCCUGGACAUCCCGAGCUCAGGGCUCAUUUUGUCAGCGAAGACACACGCGGCCUACUACGACCUCCAGCUGCAACUGGUGUCCGGCUCGAUUCUGCGGGAUUACCUGGUCCUUUGCCACGGCUGCGUGUCGUUUCAGCGGCACAAGGUCUCUGCCAGGCUGAGCCUCAUACAGAACACCACCCGCGCGGGAGGGCAAGGCCGAGCCUCUCGCACUUUGCUGAAGCUUAUGUCCUACCUGUCCCAUGGCUCAGACUCCUUCAGCCUGCUGUUGGCCCGGAUCCUGACAGGGCGCCGUCAUCAGAUCCGGAGCCACUUCGCCUUCCUGGGGCACCCCUCCUUGUGCGACAGCAGGACGCUGAGAGAAAGGACCACCACGUGGAGAUGA